AGUGAAUGAUAUGGUAUUGGCUUUGAUUUGUGUGCCUUUGGAUGGAAAGUGAAUGCACUUAAAGUGUGUCUCAACUGAGGUUUGGCUUGAGUUGGGAGACAACGCAUACACACAGACACAGACAUACAUUGGAUCCAAGCACACAUACCACACCAUAUCAUACCAAACCAUACCCUGAACCAAACCUUAUGAAUCCACAUCUCAUUUAUUCUCAUGUCUUGUAGUUCUCAACGACAAUAAGUUCUUAGUUUUAUCACAAUUGGUGUUCAAUAGAGACUCAAAUGAGUACUAAUCGUCAGAAUUGUCUCAUAGUUUUGAGUUCAGCCAAAGAAGGCAACUCUUCGCAGUCUUUCAUUCAAUGCUAUUCUCUACUCAACACUGCAUUCAACGUACAAAUAGCCACUCCAUCGGGUCGAAAUGCAGAGUUUGUAAGAAGUGAUGAACAGAGCAGGAAAUGGUUGAAUGAAUUCAAACACAAGUCAUUCUCCACUCCAAUCAGUUUGUCUUCAGUGGACCCUCAUCGAUAUUCAUGUCUUGUCAUUCCUCACUCUCCCGGUGCUGUUAUCGAUUUGGUCACCGAUUCGGACUUGUCGUACAUUUUGAAGCACUUUGUCAAAGAGCAGAAAGUGAUUUGUGCGAUAGGGAUGGGAGUGGCGGCUCUGUUCCCGGCCUACGACGACGGCAACGUCUGGUCGUUCCGUCGGUUCACUUUGACGGCUAUCUCUGUGUUCGAGUUGACCCGCAAUCCAGACUUCGCUAACCUUCCCAUCAUUCCCGAGGAUGUCAUCAAAGACAGGGGCGCUCUCUAUAGCUCGACAAACCCGGAUCACGUGGACGAAGUGCAUGUGGUUGUGGACAGGCAUCUGAUUACUGGUCAGAACGAACAGUCGACGCUCACUGCCGUUCAGAAUCUUAUGAUUCAAUGCAAUCAAAGGCAAAACAAGUCUUUAAGAGAGCGUUGAUUGAGAAAUGGAUC